GGUCGUGCCAUGGCCCCGCGGACGCUGCGUCGCUCUAGCAAGACUUGCCAGCCAAGAUGUGGACAUCAGUGCUCGCCGUCAUUGCGGUCUUGGUGGCUACGCAGACUGUGCAGUUUCUCUUCAACCUCAAGAAAGUCAGCUAUCUGCCUGGCUUCCGCACACUAUUUUCGCAAUUCUCCGUGUUCGGCGCGGCUAUCCCGACAAACUACUUUCAUCCUGGCCUCAACUGGAUCUGGAAGUGGAGACACACAGUGUACGACUACUAUGGCACGCGGACAAUAUCUUACGUUCCUUUCAUUGGCGAACCGGUUAUCUGGACCUCGUCCAUGGAAGUCGCCAAACAGAUUCUCGCCGGAGAUCCGAAACUCAUCAAGGCUCCUUCAGCACUGGUUCCUCUCCUCCUCUGGGGCGACAGCGUUCUUACCGCGAACCAUGAAGCGUACAAGAAGCACCGCCGAGUGGUCGGACCUGCAUUCUCCAGCAACACUUACUCUCUUGUUGCUCGGGAGACUGUGAGAUGGUACCACGAGAUGGUCGAGGGUGAAAACUGGAUCAAGCAAGGCAACUUCACCAUCGAUUCAAUGGACCAAUCCAUGCUCAAGUUCACCCUGGGCGUGCUCUCAAGGACAUCCUUCAACUACCGCUACCCGUGGUCCAACUCGACUGACAAUACUGGCGUACCUUUCGAGCGAGCAUUGACGACGAUCUUGACUAUGAAGGAAGUCAUCAUCCGCCUUGCCACGCCGAACUGGGCGUACAAGCUUCCCAUCGAGCGCCUGCGACGUGUGGAUGACGCCUAUAGCAAGCUCGGCGCACUCAUGCGGUCCUUCGUCACAUCUAAGAAGGACGAACUUGCGUCUACCACGGAGGACAUGGAGCCUUUGAGGAGUGACCUCCUAACUCGGCUUGUCUCUGCCAGUGAGGCUGAGGGGAAGAACGGGCUUGACGAUUCCGAAGUGAUUGGCAAUGUCUUCAGCUUCUUGUUCGCGGGGCAUGAAACGACUGCGCAUACGGUAGCGUCGGCACUUGCAUUGCUCGCCCUGCAUGAAGAUGAGCAGGAGAAGGCUGUCAAGGCCAUCCACGAAGCUCUGCCGGACGGUCGGGACCCUACGUUCGACGACUUCACCAAGCUAGACAAGGUUCUGGCGUGCUUCCACGAAGCGGGCAGGAUGUUUCCUGGUGGUGCUAUCGUGACGCGGGACACUAUCGACACGUUCGUGCUCAAGGUACCCGACGAGAAGGGCAACGAAGACGUCCUUGUCGUACCGGCAAACAUGCGCAUCAUGAUUGACAUGGUCGGCAUUCACUACGACCCUCGGUUGUUCCCAGACCCCGAGCGAUACGACCCGUCGCGCUGGUACGGCGUACAUAACGAGACAGAUCUGACGUACUUUGGGCUUGGGCCGCGCGCGUGCCUGGGCAGGAAGUUCGCGCUCGUCGUCGCUAUGUCGCUCAUGACCUGCCUCCUGCGCGACUGGAAGUUCACCGUGCCCCUAAAGCCCGGGGAGACAAAGGAGCAGUGGCGCGAACGCAUUAUGCAGGGCAAGUAUGCUGGCCUCGGGUUCGGCGUCCAUCACAUUCCUGUGAAGAUGACGAGGAGAGUUAAGGCGUGAGGGGCGCGCAUGAACCUCAGUACGCUGGCACUGGAGUUCCCUCAUACUCGGGAGAGUGGAAGUCAUGUAUUCUACAUAUGACCUUCCCGCUGACAACCACCAUAUUCGCUCCCCAUGGCAGAUAGAGCAGACGUCAUUUCAGUUCUCGGAACCUUGUACUUACAUAUAUAGACGUUGGCAAAUGUAUUGAAUCUGGCGAG